AGAUUCUUUCUACAAUUAUCAACUAUUUUUUACCAGCAUGUCUACUCUUGGUGGCGGAGUACUUCGCUGGGAUAGCGAUGGCAGUGUGCUAUCUGAGGAACAGAAGCAGUUUUAUGAAAAGAAUGGAUACCUGCUCAUCAGAAAUUGUGUGCCCAGCUAUGAGCUCGAACGCUAUAAGGAUAGAUUCAAGGAAAUCUGUCAAGGCAAGGAUGUACCGCCAAAUAUGACGAUAAUGAGAGAUGUUGCCAUCGCUAAGUCGGAGUUUGUCAAGGGUGAAAAGGCAAUAACGAAAUUGCAAGAUUUUCAAGAUGAUCCCGUACUUUUCGAUUACUGUCAAUAUCGAGGGGUAGUUGAUGUCGUCAAAGAUCUCAUCGGUACAAAUAAGAGCAAUCUGAUGGCCAUGCACACCAUGCUGAUCAACAAGCCGCCAGACAGCGGAAAGCUCACCUCCCGCCAUCCUAUGCACCAAGAUCUCCACUAUUUUCCCUUCCGACCUGCCGAUUUCAUUUGCUGUGCAUGGACUGCUAUGGAAAGAGUUAACAGAGCCAAUGGUUGUCUAGUGGUUGUACCUGGCACCCACAAAGGGACCCUAUUACCUCAUGAAUAUCCCAAGUGGGAGGGUGGUGUUAACAAAGCCUAUCAUGGCAUACAAGACUAUGAUCCAUCAACUCCGAGAAUCCACGUAGAAAUGGAAGCUGGCGAUACUGUAUUCUUCCAUCCCAUACUUAUUCAUGGUUCCGGUGCCAACAGAACUGAAGGUUUUCGUAAAGCCAUCUCGUGUCAUUAUGCAAAUGAUGAUCUUUGUCGCUAUAUCGACGUGAAAAAUACAACUCAAGAGAACCUGUCCAAGGAAAUUAUCGACAUAGUAAAAAGGCGCAUUUCAAAAAAUAGCGGAGACGCCGACGAUGUGCAAAUCGACUAUUCGGAUAUUUGGCGCCUGCGAGCCAGAGCUGUGAAUGGAACACGUUCGAACCUAUGAGCCAAUCGGAAUUCUUCUCCAGAAUAUUCGUUUGAACUUGUGUCAGG